GUGGGCUAAGUUCAACGAACUCGGACACUUGACGCAGAAAGUCCCGCGCAGAUGGACUUUCGACCGGACCUGCAAUUGGGAGACAGGCCGUUGAAGCUUGUCUCAAGAGGCGUAGUUCCACCAUGCUUAGAUCUAACUACACACUCCGAGUUUUCAGAGUCCUUCUGUUCCCACAAUAUCGAAUGUCGAGCACCGGUUCAACGUCUCUCAGACAUCCUGACCAAAUCUUUUCAACCCCACCACCUCCGCUGCCACCUUGGACUGGACCUGUUUCGCCCUUACUAAAGCAAUCUUUGACUGUCUCACAACUGAACUGGACCAAAUCCAGUGAAGACGAUAGGACACUCUCCCGAGUGCUUUGGUUCCUCCAGAGAACGCUUCGUUCUGUUCACAAGCGAAAGGUGACAUGGCCGGCAGAGGAAUCCAUUCCGUCUGAUUUCUCGCCGAGCGAGUACUUGAUGACCGUGAUACUACGGCCUAUAGCAGACCUCUUCAACCAAUUACACUCUCCUAGCGUCCUAAAAACACCCAUGAAGUGCAUAAGUGUGGAUCUUGGAGACUCCACCUACGGUGCGACUUUUGAGGCCGAAGACUUCGGCCCCCAGAUGCUUGCUGCUCCAAUUAUUGCGUUGCUGCCCGACGACUUGUUCAAUUCCAGGGGUGAAGUGUCUCCACCCGUUCAUUCUGCUCUCUCAAAGGCUCUGGGAUGUAAACCAUCGAUCCCCUCCAUCAUCGUGACGAACUUUACGGACAUCGCCGUCUUUGUGCCUCCUUCUCAAAGGCCUACUCGAAGGCGUGCAGGAUACACUUUCGAAAGGGUAUCGACCAAUCAACCCUGUUUGGCCUUGCGAGUGAUUACCACUGCGUAUCUUCAUGAUGCGCUCCCUCCCGGAGAGUUCAUUGAAGAGCCAUAUCCUGAUUUGGAAUUUGAUGAGAACCUCAUUCUUCCAGAAGGACCACCGAAAGAUCCCAACCAACCUUUGGCAUCAGACGAAAAGGUUUUUGCGACACAUCGCUGCCAUUCCGACUUCGACAUUGCAACAUUGGUACGGGACCGCGCGAGAGCACUUCAGUUCUUCCGUUGGCAUGAACACGUCCAAAGACAAUACUCCAAACUCGUCGCACAUCCUUAUGACAUACUUAACGCUGUAUCAAACGAGGUUGGACAAAUCGUUACAAACAUUCGCCCAAUCUAUCCCUUCAAUGUCUCCGAAAUCCCGUCGGACACAAUGACACAUCUCAAGUCAGUACAGCGCGAUUCACCUCUCAUUGCUGCUGGGAUUGCCGAAUCCUUCGAAAAGAGCAAGUCCUUCACACUAAAGAUUCAGGAUGUCCUCUCGGAAGGCUCGAAGCGCAGCAUUUGCACCGUUUAUCGCUGUCAGAUAAUCUCUAUCGACAAUAAAGCAGUCUCGUCUCCGUGUCUGUGUCUCAAGCUGUUCGAUGACCGGUUUCAGCAUUUGAAAAAUCCAAAUGAAGAUGAUGAAGGACUGGACGAACCUGUUCAUCAUUGGUUCGAUCGACUGGUAGUCGCUGAGAUGUAUGCCCUCAACGAAGCUUUCGCUUAUGACAAACUUCGAGUAGUAGAAGGGACGGUUCUCCCUUGGUUCUACGGAAUGCAUCGGUUUACGCUCCCUGACGGAACGGUGCUAUAUGGUCUCCUAAUGGAAUAUAUCGAGGGUUGGUCAAUUGAAUCUGAAUUCACACAGAAAUUGAGUGCUGAUAGGCAAAUUAAAUUGAUCCAAAGUUGUCGGCAUGCAGCACGCAUUCUGGAUGUUGCCGAUGUCGGCCAACGAGAUUGGCACCAGGGUCAAAUCAUGCUCUACACGAACCCAAGAACCAAACUUGACCAUGCCAUUCUGAUUGACUUGGCUUCGACGACACAGACAUGGUUGCCCGGCCAACUGAACUACCUUGAUAAUUACUUCGGUGUUCUCCAUGUCUUAUUGGGUGGACAAGGACAUGUUGGGUUCGAUACAGAGCUGGUAUGGAAAUACUUUGGAGAACCAGAUGAUUGGGAUCCAGUCGAAGUGUUUAUUCCUUAUGGUCCGAACAAGAAGCCGAAGGUUGUGAAGGCCAGGGACAUCUUUUCAUACAUCUCUUCUGCUUAACUUGUCAGUCUCGCUGUCUACACCCCCACUUUGACUUCAGCUAGAUCAAAUAUAAACUGUUAGCUGACUAUCCGGUAGUGUUUAUCCAGGCGGUGAGGAUGACCAUUGGCUGAAAAGGAAAGUCGGUCUGGCUGAUUAGGAAACUCCGGCCGGUGACCCCGUCUACACAAGACCCCUGAAUAUUCUCACAUAUGUUACUAUGUGUCUUAGGUCACGCGGAUUUUUUUCCGUCCUACUAGUAGUCUGAUACCCGAUCCAAG